GAUUGGCUCAGACCCAUACGCUCCGGGUCCCGAAGGAUGGGGGCCGCUGCGCUCCGCGCCCUUUUCCUGCUGCUGUCCGCACGCUUGUCCUGGGCUCAGACCCGCGUGGGCUCACACUCGCUGCGGUUUUUCUUCACCGCCGUGUCCCGGCCCGGCCUCGGGAAGCCCCGGUUCAUAGUCGUCGGCUAUGUAGACGACACGGAGAUCGUGAGCUUCGACAGCGACGCGGAGAAUCCGAGGAUGGAGCCGCGCGCGCCGUGGGUGGAGCAGGAUGGGCCAGAUUACUGGGAGCAGCAGACUAGUAUAGUCAGGACUCGAGCACAGCAGUUUGAAAGAAACUUGGUGACCUUGGUUCGUUUUUACAACAAGAGCGAGGACGACUCUCACACACUACAGUGGCUCCAAGGCUGCGAUCUGGGGACAGGUGGGCGCCUGCUUCGCUGGUACAACGAGCUCGCCUAUGAUGGCAUGGACUGCCUCAUCCUGGACGAAGACCUGAGUUCUUGGACAGCGGAGACCAGCACUGUAACUCAGAUUUCUCAGCACAAGUCAGAAGCCUACCUGAAGGACAACUGUUCAGAGCUGCUGCAGAAAUACCUGGAAAAAGGGGAGGAGAGGCUGCUGCGCUCAGAUCCCCCAAAGACACGUGUGACCCGUCACCGCAAAUCCAAAGGUGAAGUCACCCUGAGGUGCUGGGCCCUGGGAUUCUACCCUGCUGACAUCACCCUGACCUGGCAGUUGAAUGGGGAGGACCUGGGUCAGGACAUGGAGUUUGUGGAGACCAGGCCUUCAGGGGAUGGAACCUUCCAGAAGUGGGCAGCUGUGGUGGUACCUUCUGGGCAGGAGCAGAAAUACACAUGCCAUGUGCAACAUGAGGGGCUGCCUGAGCCCUUCACCCUGAGAUGGGAGCCUGCUUGGUACAAUAAGCCCAAGUGGAUUGCUACCCUGAUUCUAGUUCCUCUCGUUUGUCUCGCCUUGGUGCUUUGCAUAUGGGUGAAGAAGAAUGCAGGUGGGAGAGGAAGGCGUGACACCCAGGAAGCAGGCAGAGACAGUCCCCAAGACUCUAGCGAGAUUGUUGUGGAUGAUGAGCUCUCAGAGGCCUCACUUAGUCUCCUCACUCAGGAACACCCUCAAGAGAACACGCACAGCUGCACCCCCCGCCCAUCACCUGUGGGAUCGCCUGCAACAGCUACUGAAGAGUGGAAUCUUUCCUUUUGUAUCCCAUUAGCGAAUCUUCAUUGUCAACGUGACUGGAUUUAGAGUCACCUGGGAGAUGCCCCUUUGGGUGGAUGUGAGGGUGUUUCUAGACAGAUUUAGCCAACAAGGGAUGCAAGGAGCCCCACUGAUUGGACAGAGUCUCAAGAGAAAGCCAGCAAAAUGCUAGAGCUCCCCUUCCUCUGCUUCAUGACCAGGGCAUGAGCAGGCCAGGUCUUGCCACCCUGGACAGAAAAUAGGUCCCACCUUUCUGUCUUGAAUAUCUGACCACCUGUCUCUUCCCUGUGUGGCAUCUAGUCAGGCAUUUUGUCACGAUGUCAAGGGGUCCAGGGAGAGGAAGCUCCCUCCUCUCACCCACAGCACUAAGGGUGCUAUCCCCGAUGUCUCAGGGACAUUUAAUCAGUCAAAUUGGGAUCAAUGGCUUUGAUGCAGAAAAGAACUGUGGACUAUAGUAGAGAUGGGGUUUAAUAAAAAAAUUAUUUUUUUUUAA